CUUCAAAAUGCAAGUCCCUUUACUAAAAAAGUAAAAUAAAUAAAUAAAUAAAAAACGGGGAGCUAUCUAAGAAUGGGUUGUUGGCGUUGUCUCUAGACCUCGUAUCCACAACACCGUACAUAAGACUGACAUGAACAUGAACUGACAUGAAUGGAUGCAUAGAUCAUUUAGCUUUUCAAUUAAUUAGGUUCAUAUUUGUGAGAAAUGUAGCCCUGACCCCGUUCAAUAAUCUGUUUGGUUUUAGUAAUGUCCCGUCCUCAGCAAAAAGUGUACAUGCAGGUUAUGCUGUUAUAUCAUCCCUUCCAAUGUUGAGACCAAACGUACGCCCGUGGCUGAAAUACCUUGCAUAUUGUUCAUGGUGGUCCUUAGCAAACAUAGCACAUUCCUCUCAUUUUAAAUGUCAAAUUAAAAAAAAAAAUGUUUGCGAUUGUGAACGUGAGCCGUUGUCCAGGUCCAACCAUGUUUUAGGGUGUCAGUGGCUCAAGGCAUUGUCUUUCCAACAGGGCGUUUAUUACCAAAGGGCUCAGUUCAUCCGUCAGCCAGAGGACCUGGUCUCCGUGGACCACCGCUUGCUGGCAGUGAUCAACGUCGGGGGGAACCGCUAUACCUUCCCUUGGACUACGCUCCAGCAGUUCCCCCUCACUCGACUGGGCCGCUUGUGUGGCUGCAGGUCACCUGAGGACAUCGCCAGCGUAUGCGACGACUACGAUGAAGCACGCAAGGAAUUCUUCUUCGAUCGCUCGCCGUCCGCCUUCAGGGUCAUCCUCAACUUCCUGGCUGCGGGUAAACUCCGCCUGUUGCGGGAGAUGUGCAUCCUCUCGCUGCACGAUGAGCUCGCUUACUGGGGUGUGGAGAUGGCGUACAUGGAGCGCUGCUGCAAGAGGAAGAUGUACACACGAAUAGAGGAGGUGCACGAACAGGAGCGCCAGGAGGAAGAGCGCAGGCAGCGAAAUGCCAUGCAGCGCGUUCCCGCCGAAGAGACCGCCUACCGAAAAGUUAUGAACUGGCUUCGGGACAUGGUGGAGAAUCCGCAGUCGGGCUUGCCGGGGAAGAUCUUCGCCUGCCUGUCGGUCAUCAUGGUGGCGGUGACUGUUGUCAGCUUGUGUAUCAGCACCAUGCCUGACCUCAGAGAGGAAGAGGACAGGGGUGAGUGCUCUUCCAAGUGCUACAACAUGUUCAUCAUUGAGACGGUGUGUGUGGCCUGGUUCUCGCUUGAGUUCAUCCUGCGCUUCAUCCAGGCUCGCAGCAAGUUGGAUUUCCUUCGGGGGCCACUCAACAUUAUCGACGCCAUGGCCAUUUUGCCUUACUACGUGUCCUUGGUGGUGAAAGAGGAAGACCCCAGCCAGGACGGCGACCGACCUGGAGGAGGUAAAGGCUACUUGGACAAGCUGGGUCUGGUGCUAAGGAUCCUUAGAGCGUUGAGGAUUCUUUACGUGAUGCGACUGGCUCGCCACUCUCUGGGCCUACAAACUUUAGGGCUGACGGUGAGGCGCAGCACUCGCGAGUUUGGCCUGCUCUUGCUCUUCCUCUGCGUAGCCGUCACCCUCUUUUCUCCGCUGGUCCAUCUGGCGGAAAGCGAGCUUACGGGCCCUCACGACUUCAGCAGUAUCCCAGCCUCCUACUGGUGGGCUAUAAUCUCCAUGACCACAGUGGGCUACGGCGACAUGGUGCCAAGAUCGAUACCUGGCCAGGUUGUGGCGCUGAGCAGCAUCCUGAGCGGGAUCCUCAUCAUGGCCUUUCCCGCCACAUCCAUCUUCCACAUGUUCUCUCGUUCCUACCAAGAGCUCAAGAUGGAGCAUGACCGUCUGUUCAAAGAAGAGUGUGCCGCCGCCGCCGCAGCUGCUGCCGCCGACGUCUCUGCCGUGCAAGAGAAUACUGGAGAAUGCGGGGACCUGAAACGGGAAGCGUUCCAUCUAGAUAAGGAGAGUAUGCACUCAAGAGAGUCUCUGGCUCUCUUAAGGAAAGGAGAUGAUGCUGCAGCAAAUAAUCACAGCCUCCCAGCAGCAGCUUUCUGAACCAACGUCAAUCCAAACCUUCCGAUCUCGAUGUUACAUUAAAUAAAUAGACUAACUUUCAGUGUAUAUCUUGAACGCAUUAAAAAAUUCGGAGAUCACAUCUGCUGCAUCUAUUUGGCUCUUCAUGUUGCUGAUAUGGGAGCCAAGAAUACAUCAUGAGUGACAUUGAAUGAAAAGCCCUUUAAAACCCUUUAAACCCUCCAGAACAGGUUGUCUUAUUACAAAGCCUCUGCUGCAAUAUUAGUAACUUUUUGCUUACAUAAACAUGCAAUAUAAAUCCAAAGUUGCUUUUGUUUCUUCCACUGUGAAAAUACUUUGCAACUCUAAGUCUAAUACUUACUUAUUAGUCCACAGUGUCAAUGUAUCAAAUAACUCCGACACUCACUGCACACUUCAUUAGGCAUACAUGCCCAUCUAAUCAUCCAACAAUCAGUUGUACCGGACAAACACGUUCAACAAAUACCUUUGUGAUACUGUCAGUUAAAAGUAUGUAAAGACACCAUUUUUGCCAUCCAAGGUCAAAUACCCUCAAAGUUUGGAGACAAAUUGAAACAUCUGCUUCAACAAUCAAGCAAAACUGAAUUAGCCUCAAGGAUCAUGGUCUGUUAUCUGAAUACGAGAAUCCUAUUGGUUCAGUUCUGAAAUUUGGUUACUGCAUGUAUGUCCAUCCAUGUAUGUUUGACAACGAACUGCAUUUUGGGGACUUGAGUGUGGGAUAAAGCAUAUAUUUAAAAAACAAUAAAACAAGAUCCUUUGAGAAAAAAAAAAGCGAGAAAAGAAAGAACAAAUAAAGGCAUGUUUUUGUUUGUGUGAGUGACUGGUAGAGAAUGAGCGCUUACAACCAUGAAAUGUAUUUUGAAACGCUCCAAAUAAAAGCUCUUGCAAUAAUCAGA